CGGGGCCGCGUCUCCCGGUCGGCAGUGGCGGCCAUGUUGGGCAGCGGGAGGUGGAGGCGGUGAGCCCCGGUGUUUCUUCUCGGUGGAGGACUGAGCAGGCGGGAGGCAGCAUGUCGGCCAAGGUGCGGCUGAAGCGGCUGGAGCAGCUGUUGCUGGACGGGCCGCAGAGGAACGAGGCGGCGCUGAGUGUGGAGACUCUGCUGGACGUUCUCCUGUCUCUGGUCACCGAGUGCAGCAACCCGGCACUGCGCCGGGACAAGUACGUCACCGAGUUCCUGGACUGGGCAAAACCUUUCACCCAGCUACUGAAGGGAAUGCAACUUCAUCGGGAUGACUUUGAGGUCAUAAAAGUUAUCGGCCGGGGAGCAUUUGGAGAGGUGGCUGUGGUUCGAAUGAAAAGCACCGAGCGUAUAUACGCCAUGAAAAUCCUAAACAAAUGGGAGAUGCUCAAGAGAGCAGAAACAGCCUGUUUCCGGGAGGAGAGGAACGUUCUGGUGAAUGGAGAUUGUCAGUGGAUCACUACGUUGCACUACGCCUUUCAAGAUGAAAACUUUUUGUAUCUAGUCAUGGAUUACUACGUCGGAGGGGACCUUUUAACACUUCUUAGCAAGUUUGAAGACCGGUUACCGGAAGACAUGGCCAGAUUUUACCUUGCAGAGAUGGUGCUGGCCAUACAUUCCAUUCAUCAGCUACACUACGUACACAGAGACUUAAAGCCAGAUAACGUUCUUUUGGACAUGAAUGGACACAUUCGUUUGGCCGACUUUGGGUCGUGUUUAAAAAUGAAUGAUGAUGGAACGGUGCAAUCUUCAGUGGCAGUCGGAACACCCGAUUAUAUUUCUCCGGAAAUUCUACAAGCGAUGGAGGAUGGGAUGGGAAAAUACGGCCCGGAAUGUGACUGGUGGUCUCUGGGAGUCUGCAUGUAUGAAAUGCUGUAUGGAGAGACGCCUUUCUAUGCCGAAUCUCUGGUGGAGACGUACGGGAAGAUCAUGAAUCAUGAGGAGCGUUUCCAGUUCCCCUCCCACAUCAGCGACGUGUCGGAGACGGCGAAAGAUCUGAUCCAGAGGCUGAUCUGCAGCCGAGAUCGCAGACUGGGACAGAACGGAAUCGACGACUUUAAGACUCACACGUUCUUUGAGGGGAUGGAUUGGGAGAACAUCAGAAAUAUGGAAGCGCCUUACAUCCCGGAUGUCAGCAGCCCUUCCGACACGUCCAACUUCGACGUGGACGACGACAUCCUGAGGAACCCGGAAGUGGUUCCCCCGAGUACGCACAGCGGCUUUUCAGGAUUCCAACUACCUUUUGUGGGAUUUACAUACACCACAGAGAGUUGUUUUUCAGACCGAGGCUCGCUGAAGGACAUUAUCCACACAAAUGCUGUGACCAAGGAUGAGGAUGUGCAGCGUGGUCUGGAGAACAGUCUUCAGGUUGACGCCUAUGAGCGCAGGAUACGACGGUUGGAGCAGGAGAAGCUGGAACUAAAUAGGAAGCUGCAAGAAUCCACGCAAACAGUCCAGUCUCUCCAGGGCUCCUCUCGAGCAAUAGGAACCUUAAACCGGGACAAAGAAAUCCGAAAACUAAACGAAGAAGUGGAGCGCUUAAAGAAUAAAAUAUCAGAUUCCGGUCGGAUAGAGCGUCAGCUGGAGGAUGCGGUUGCAAUACGGCAGCAGUUGGAGGAUUCCUCGAACAAACUGAAAGGCCUUGAAAAGCAGCAGAGAACAUUGAGACAAGAGAGGGACGAUCUGCAGAAGCAACUUUCUGAAGCUCAGGAGAGGCUGAGAAGUCAAACGAAGGAACUCAAGGACGCUCAUCAACAGAGAAAGUUCGCCCUGCAAGAGUUUUCGGACCUCAAUGAAAAGAUGGCCGACCUGCGCUCACAGAAGCAAAAGCUGUCCCGGCAGCUGCGCGACAAAGAGGAAGAACUGGAAGUCGUCAUGCAAAAACUGGACUCUAUGCGUCAGGAAAUGCGCAAGUCGGAAAAGGCCAGAAAAGAGGUGGAAGUUCUGCUGGAAGACGCCACAGCUGAGGCCUCCAAGGAGCGCAAAUUACGAGAACACAGCGACAGUUUUUCCAAACAGCUGGAAGGUGAUCUGGAAGCGCUUAAGCUGAAGGGUGGUCGAGCCUUUGGAUUCACCUCUGAGCAACAGCAGGAGCUCUCCAAGGUAAAAGCGGAGAUGGAGAAGAAGAUCCUGUAUUACGAAGAGGAGUUGCUGCGAAGGGAGACCACUCACUCCCUGGAAAUAAAGAAUGUGAAGAAGGGGAUUCAUGACUUGGAGAGCCAGCAGCUCGCCUUACAGAAGGAGAUCCUCAUGUUAAAGGACAAACUGGAAAAAGCCAAGCGGGAGAGACAAAGUGAGUUGGAGGAGACGGUGGGAACCGUGAAAGAGAAGUAUGAACGGGAAAGAACAAUUCUCCUGGAAGAUAAUAAAAAGCUUUCUGCAGAGACAGAGAGGCUCGGCUCCUUUGUGGAUAAGCUGACGACGCACAACCGGCAAAUGGAGGACGAACUUCAGGACUUGACGUCCAAAAGAGAGUCUGUGGCUCACUGGGAAGCUCAGAUUGCAGAAAUCAUUCAGUGGGUGAGCGAUGAAAAAGACGCCCGAGGUUAUCUGCAAGCCUUGGCAUCCAAGAUGACUGAAGAACUGGAGACACUGAGAAGUUCAAGUCUGGGCUCUCGCACACUGCACGACAUGCCAUACCAGCACGGCCUGGCACCUUACAGUACAGAUAGGCUGGAUCCUCUGUGGAAGGUCCGACGUAGCCAAAAACUGGACAUGUCCGCCCGGCUGGAGCUGCAGUCAGCGCUGGACGCCGAAAUACGAGCCAAACAAAUGGUGCAGGAAGAGCUGCGGAAAGUAAAAGAUACCAACAUCACGUUCGAGAACAAACUAAAAGAUUCGGAGGCUAAAAACAAAGAGCUAUUAGAAGAAAUGGAAGGCUUGAAGAAAAAGCUGGAGGAUAAAUACAAAGACAACAGCGGGCUGAAACUGACAGAUUUCCACGAUUCCAUAUUUGAUUACUUUAACACAUCUCCCCUGCCACAUGACCUGAGAUCGAGUAUGAUCAGCGAUCAGGAGGACUCCACACCCAAACCUGAUAUCUCACCAUCCCUUUCUGUCCCUACAGUGUCCGACCAACAGGAGGAAUCUGUACGGCCUCAACCCCGAACACCCCCUGCCGCUCCUCCAACUUUUACACCAAUCUCCAUUUCUAUUCCAAAGCCCAAGGCUCAUCAGCUAGCGAUCAAGACUUUCACAAGCCCCACUCAGUGUUCCCACUGUACAUCGCUCAUGGUCGGGAUUGUACGGCAAGGCUACGCCUGCGAAGUGUGUCCCUUUUCUUGUCACGUGUCAUGUAAAGACAGUUCUCCUCAAGUGUGUCCAAUCCCACAAGAACAGUCCAAGAGGCCACUUGGAGUGGAUGUACAGCGUGGUAUUGGGACGGCCUACAAGGGCUUUGUCAGGAUCCCGAAGCCCACCGGAGUGAAGAAGGGUUGGCAGAGGGCGUACGCCGUGGUGUGCGAUUGUAAGCUCUUCUUGUACGACGUUCCGGAAGGGAAGUCCAUGCAGCCCGGGGUGGUCGCCAGCCAGGUUGUGGAUCUAAGAGAUGAAGAUUUUUCUGUGAGCUCAGUCUUGGCGUCGGAUGUCAUACAUGCAACCCGCAAGGACAUUCCCUGCAUAUUUCGGGUGACGGCAUCUCUCCUAGGUGCUCCCUCCAAGACCACAACCUCCCUACUGAUCCUGACGGAGAGCGAGCAUGAGAAGAGGAAGUGGGUCGGGAUCCUAGAGGGGCUGCAAUCUAUCUUACAGAAGAACAAUCUAAGGAACAAAGUAAUACAUUGUCCACAAGAAGCCUACGAUAGCACUCUGCCUCUCAUCAAAACCGUUGUGGCAGCGGCUCUUAUAGAUCGGGACCGGAUAGCUGUUGGGACAGAAGAAGGACUGUAUGUAAUAGAGGUUACUAGAGAUGUGAUUGUUCGAGCGGCGGACUGUAAGAAAGUAUACCAGAUAGAACUGGCCCCCAAAGAAAAGAUCGUUGUCCUGGUAUGCGGUCGGAAUCGGCACGUCCACUUGUUCCCCUGGUCUUCUCUGGAUGGUUCCGAGGGCAGCUUCGACAUCAAAUUACCGGAGUCCAAAGGCUGCCAGCUCAUCAUUACCGGGACACUAAAGAAAUCGCCCUCGUCUUGUUUGUUCGUGGCCGUCAAGCGUCAGAUCCUUUGCUACGAAAUCCAGAGAACUAAACCAUUCCAUAAAAAGUUCAAUGAAAUCCUGGCCCCGGGUAACGUCCAGUGGAUGGCCGUUGUGAAGGACAAGCUUUGCGUCGGUUACCAGUCUGGGUUCUGCCUGCUAAACAUCCAUGGAGACGGACAGCCGAUAAACCUGGUCAACCCCAAUGACCCCUCCUUGGCGUUCCUUUCCCAGCAACCUAUGGAUGCUCUGUGCGCGGUGGAGCUCGGGAAGGACGAGUACCUGCUUUGCUUCAGUCAGACGGGCGUGUACGUGGACUCGCAAGGUCGAAGGUCGCGCUUGCAGGAACUGAUGUGGCCGGCCACUCCUGUUGGUUGCAGCUGCAGCUCCUCUUAUGUCACCGUGUACAGCGAAUAUGGAAUCGAUGUGUUUGAUGUCCACACCAUGGAUUGGGUACAGACCGUCGGACUAAGGAGGAUCAAGCCGUUAAACUUGGAAGGUUCUUUGAAUCUGCUGAAUUCCGAGCCAGCCCGCCUCCUGUAUUUGAAGAGUGUAUAUUCAGAAGGGGCCGCUCUUAGUGUGCCAGAGACCUCCGACAACAGCAAGAAGCAGAUGGUUAGGACCAGGAGUAAGAGGAGAUUUGUCUUCAAAGUGCCCGAAGAGGAGAGGAUACUGCAACGCAGGGAAAUGCUCAGAGAUCCUGAAUUAAGGUCAAAGAUGAUCUCCAACCCGAUCAAUUUCAACCACGUGGCCCACAUGGGACCGGGAGACGGGAUGCAAGUUCUCAUGGACCUGCCUCUGAGUGUACAUCCGCCACCCCAGGAGGAAAAUGUGCGUGAGAGGACACGCCCACCUUCCACCAACUUUGCCCGACAGCAGCAGCUGAGGAGCAGAUCCUAUAUCUCAUGGCCGUCUUCAGGUGGCGGAGAUUCAUCGCGGAGUAUAUCAGACGUUGAUCAAGAUCUGGAUAGAGAGCCGGAUUCAGAUUCCACAAAGCAUUCCACUCCAUCCAAUAGCUCCAACCCAAGCGGCCCUCCAAGCCCCAACUCCCCGCAUAGGAACCAGCUGACGCUAGACGGCCUGGACCAGUCGGCCUGCGACGCAUAGCGCACGAUCUCUCCCUCCGCACCGAGACGUGAGCUACUACACCGUUUCCACACGAUAGUGCCAAGACGUGUUGCACAAAGUCUAAAAAAAAACAACCCAUUAUUGUAGAUAUCUUUAACGUUAAAAAA